AUGUCAUUGCUUAGACACUUUUCACAGAGACGAAAUGAUAGUCAAUCUCCACAGCAACAACCACAAAGUACUCAUCAACAAAAUUGGGCAACAUCAAUAAAUAACAUAACAUGGAUGAACAAAAUUAAACCAUUUUUUACACCAAAAGAUAGUGAUCGUACAGAAUAUUAUAAUCGUGUUCGUUAUAUCCGUGAAUCAUGUAAAGUAUUAUCAGAAUUAUGGAAAACUGAAAAAGAUUUUUUGAGUAAAGGAAUCGAUUGUGAUGUAUCAAAAACAUUUAAAGAUUUUAAAAACAGUGAAGUUGGUCGUAAUUAUCGAUCUCCCUAUGGAGAUGGUAUCAAUUCAAAUAGUCGUCCAUCAAUUUUAAAUUCGUCAAUUGAUGACAUAAUCGUUAUACAUGAUCAAAUUGAUCUUAAACGAAAAGAAUGGUAUGAAAAAUUAAAACGAAUUAUCGAUCAUGCUAAAGAAAAACAAACAACUAUUCGACAAACAAUGAAUGAUUUAAGAGAAAAUUAUGAAAAAGCACAAAAAAAAUUAGAAACAGCAGAUAGCAAUUUGAAAAAAUUUCAAACUCGUGAUCGUCUACAAUUUUAUGAUGAUAAACAACGUGAAUUAGAAGAUUCUCGUCUUGAAUGUGAAAAUACUCGACAAUUAGCAAGAGAUCAAUAUCAAACAGAAACAUAUCGAAUUGCUUCGGAAGAAAAUGACAUUAGUCAUAUGUAUUUUUAUGAAUAUUUAAAAUUACAACAAGAUUAUUAUAAUUCUAUAUCGUCUUAUUUAAACCAAGAAAUUCCUCUUAUUCUACAACGAAUACAUCAAGAUGAAUUACAGCCAAUGUUUAAACGUGAUUUAAAAGAUCAUUUACAUCGUACAAAACGACAAAUUGCUUAUAUUAUUGAAACAUGUGUUAGAUUAUUGAGUUCAGAUAAAUAUCUUAAAGAAGAGGGUCUAUUUCGUAUUGCUGCCAGUCAUAUUAAACAGAAAAAGUUUUGCUCAGAAUUAGAUAUAUAUGCUAUUAAUGAUAAACACACAUUAGCUGAAUUAGGCUAUGAUGCUCAUGUGGCAGCUGGUGCAUUAAAACAAUAUCUUAGAGAUUUACCCGAUUGUCUAAUGACAUCAAAAUUAUUACCACAAUGGAAUGAUAUCGCUACAGCCAAUAUUACUGAUACUCAACGUUUACAACGUAUUAAGGAUGUUCUUGGUCAACUUCCAAAACCAAAUUAUGAUAAUUUAUGUUAUGUGGUUCGAUUUCUAUCCAGAGUUGAAGAACAUUCAAGUGAAAAUAAAAUGACUGCAUCAAAUUUAGCCAUAUGUAUCGGAUGUAAUCUUCUUUAUCCGUCCACAUCACGAUAUUCAACAUCGUCAAUAAAUUCUACAUCUUCGUCAGUUUCACAACAAUUGCCAUCAAAUUAUGCAACAAGUGGAACGAUAUUAGAAUUAAUGAUUUUAAAUCACGAACAAUUAUUUUCCGGUGAUAUUAUGUUUCCAACGGUUGAAUUCUCUCCUUCUCAUUCUUCGUCAACAACAACGAACCAUUAUGCUAAUUUAUCUAGUAUGACUAGUGGACAUCGUACAAAUGAUCAACAACCUCCUCCAAUUCAUCGUGAAUCCUAUCGUCAACAACCGCCAGAUGUUGUACCUAAUGAACAUACUGAUCAACAUCAUAUCAAUAAUCAUCAUUUUAAAAAUAGCUCAAAAGAAGAUCUAUUAGACAAUUCACAAGUACAACAUCCUAGUGGUUCCACACAACUGCGUCGGUCACCAAGUACAAGAGGAAAGAAACCAGCUCCAGGUCCACCUCCAAUACCAGUAACUGUUCAACCUCCAACAUUGAAUGUUAAUGAUAAAACACAUCGUCGUUCAGCCAGCGGAAGUUUACUCGAUCGGCCUCAAGCACCGCCUCCUGCUCCACCUCCUGUAACCACAACGCCGAUUCAACCAUUCAAAUCAUCAGCUAAAUCUUCCUCAACUGAGGCGUCUUUUCCUUUACCAGCUACCGUGGGACAACAUGAUUCCGUAAAUCCAUCAACGAUUCUCGCAACGGAUGACGAACUCACACCUACACUGACACCUCGCCAUUCUAGUGAAGAUUAUUUUUCACCUUCGACAGUACACUAUCCGGAUUUAUCCACAUUAGAUAUAGGAACAGCUAAAGUUUUACCUUAUCCAACAACUGUACUAAUGCCUCAAGGACCACCUACCGAACAGUUACCAUAUACCCAACGUUUACAAGGAUCGUCACCAUUUUCAAGAUCAUCAAAUUUUUCAUCAUCCUCUUCAACAACAUCGGAUAGUUCUGCCGAUAAUUCACAUUGUGAUGAACCAAUAAUUGAACCACGAACUGCUUCUGUCACUAUGUUGCCUCCACUUCCAUCAAACACUGUACCAGUUACAACUGCAGCUUCCGUGAGCGUUAGUAAAUUAAUAUCACAAUUAAAUAAUCGAGCUAGUGUAAAAAAAAGUCCAGUAAAUAACAGUCCACGUCCAAUUCGUCCACCUCGUCCUCAUACAGUUGGCAAUUAUUCAGAUUUAUCUUCAGGUGAUAUUCAUCCACCUCAACAACAACCACUCGAAACAUUAUCAUCACCAAAUCAAGGAGAAAUAACUGAAUUUUAA